AUGCAGCAUUCCCAAUUGGCCCCGCUCCCGAAUGAUGUGCCCUUUCGCAUCGUGUCUAAAACCAUUGGCCAAGGUGCCUACGCUUGUAUCAAGAAAGCCUGCCCGUUAGACUCCGACAACCCGGUUUUCGCAGUCAAGUACAUCCACAAAGAUUACGCCGCACGCCACGGAAAGAUCAGCGCACGACAACUACAAUUGGAGGUGACGGUGCACAGACACGUCUCAGGCCAUGGAAAUAUCAUCAACUUCUACCAAACCGGCGAAGACGACGUAUGGCGCUGGAUCGCAAUGGAGCUGGCCGAGGGCGGGGAUCUCUUCGAUAAGAUCGAGGCCGAUGAAGGUGUCGGCGAGGAUAUCGCCCACGUCUACUUUUCGCAACUCGUCAGCGCCGUGAGCUUCAUGCAUUCCAAGGGAGUUGGUCAUCGAGAUAUCAAGCCUGAGAACAUGCUGUUGACUGGCGAUGGAAAUUUGAAAAUCGCCGAUUUCGGUCUGGCUGCUUUGUUCGAGUACAAGGGGACGCGCAAACUGUCCACUACCUUUUGUGGCAGUCCUCCGUACAUUGCUCCUGAGGUUAUUUCCUGCAGUACUCGUGGUCAGAACAAAGGUACUGGGUAUCAUCCUGAUCUGGUUGAUAUCUGGUCUUGUGGUAUUGUGCUGUUUGUCCUCUUGGCGGGCAAUACACCAUGGGACAGUCCGACGGACGAUAGUUUCGAGUACCAUGAAUAUGUUGAGACGAAUGCGCGAACAACAGACGAACUCUGGCAAAAAUUACCAACCGCGACAUUAUCAUUGUUGCGAGGCAUGCUAACCGUGGACCCCAAAAGUCGGUUCUCGCUGGAAGAUGUCAGAAGACACCCUUGGUAUACCCGUGCAAACAAAUUCCUCUCCAACGAUGGCAAGUUGAGAGAUCCUAUUAAUCUCGCCACUUCAAUGUUCGAAUCGCUUCAUAUCGACUUCAGUCAAGAUCCUCUAUCUCAACAAAGAAAAGGCGCAACUCGCAGCUUCGAUCCUAUGGACAUGGAUGUUGAAACAAAUGCGGGGUUCUCCGCAACCCAGCCAGAAAUGCUGGGCGGUGGCAUGGUAAUGGACUGGGAUAACCCGCAAGAAGCGGACGUCUUCUCCUCAACCCAGCCUCUCGAAAAAAGAUUUGCCUCUCAAGACGCAGCAAUGGCAAGCCACCUCGAAGACGAGCCUUCUAUGUCGCAGUUCUCACAGCAGCCUUCUGUGCCAGUGAGUCGAACUCAGAAUGCCCAAAAAUUCCAGGAUAUUAUUCCCUCCCGCUCAAUGACCCGCUUCUACUCCGCUUGGGAGCUUAAGCUUCUCGUGCCUCUUAUCUGUGAAGCGCUGCAUCGACUCGGGGUCCCGGUUCCUAUCGUGCCUGCUGUGACGGCUGGAGAUACCUCUGCUAUGAUCCGGAUUAUUGCCAAGGAUGGUAGAAUGUGUCCGCUCCAAGGGAAGGUGCUCAUCGAGUGUGUUUCCGAAGGCAUUUUGGAGGUUGAGUUUGUCAAAAUCAAAGGUGAUCCUUUGGAAUGGCGACGGUUCUUCAAGAAAGUAGCUAUCCUUUGCAAGGAUGCUGUCUUUAGGCCGGAUGAGUAG